UGAUAUAUCUACAUUUAUAGUUGCUUUACUUGUCAGUGUCUCAAUCGGAUUGUAAUCAGUAGUUUUGUUUAAAAAAUCUCCUUAGAAAUUAGUGCACAUCAAUUCGCUCAAGCAUAACCUAAUACUGAAGUAUCCUACUUUAAAUUAAAAUGUACUUUUGGUUUUCGCUCUCAAUUCCAUCAUGUUCUUUUGCCAGGAUUGUGUAAAAUUUUUCAGAUUGCGACUCCCCAUUUUUACUUGAAGAAUUUGUAUUUCAUCUCUACGAUUCAAUCUGCACCGUUUGAAGAUGGCCACUGCGGUCGAGGUGAUAAUAGAUUCUGCUGCAAGCGAAUGCCAAGCCUCAACGAGUCAAAUCAAGGAAGAGUUGCAUUCAGAAGAUGAAGAAACCGGCAAACCAAAGUUUUCUGUUGACAGAAGUGCCAUUUCAGCCAUUGCUCAGCCAGAUUUGGCUCCCGAGCUGCAAGAUUUGAAUUUAUCCGUGUAUGAUCAAGAUGUCUUUGAAGCUGCAGUCCUGAAACAAGUUGAUGAUGCUCUAGAGCGUGAAGAAGCUCAGAAAAAAGUAAAAAUAAAAAAGGUUGUGAAAAAUGAGGUAAAAAAGGAGGAAGGUGAGUUGAGUGAUGAAAAUGAAGAAGAUGAAAAAGGAGAAAAUGAAGGUAGUGAUCUGAAUGCUGGAUUCGUUCGCCCUAGUAAUCAGCUGUUCAGCACAAAUGAGACUGGAACAGAAACUGAAGCAGAGAAACAAAUCAGACUCGGAGAAAUCACCCCUUUCGGCACAUCCAUAGAUGGCCCCUCAAAAUCUUCCAAAAAACCAGAAAUGAGUGCAUUUGAAAAGUACCUGCAAGACCAGGAAAAAUUGCGUGCUAAAAAGCCUAUUCCUAAAAAAGCAAAGACAGUGGUAGAAAGAAGCAAGGACCCCUUACAAAGAAGUGUAUUGAACAGGUCUGGCACAAAGAAGAAACGCAAGAAAAAAGAAAAGUUGGGAACAACCAAGAAAGCUUAUUGCCCAUAUUCUGAAUCAGACCCCAUGGCCUCUGAAACAAGUACAAUGUAUCUGAAUGAGGAAUCUGGCAGUGAAUAUGUACCGACCAGUUCUGAUGCAUCCUCUGAUGAAGAGGCAAAGAGUUAUGCCGCUCUAAAGGAGUCAGAAUCAAAGAGACCCAAACCACAGAGACCUGUCAAAAAAAGGAGAAGAAUUGAAUAUGUAAGUGACAGCAGCGUUCACACUGAUGACUCCUUUUCAGAUAGUGACGAUGACUCAAAGUCAAAAAAACGGAAGUAUGGUAAAGAACUAGAUGAUGGUGAUGAGUUUGUAUACGAACGGAGGUAUCGGAAAUGGAAGAAAAGUCCUGAAGCUGCGGAAAGGGAAGAAAAUCUUCACAAGUUUGAUGACUUUGCAAUCCCACAAGAAAUAUGGGAUAGACUAUACAAUUAUCAAAAGGUCGGUGUAAGAUGGAUGUGGGAGUUGGACCAAAAAAAGUGUGGUGGAAUUUUGGGCGAUGAGAUGGGGCUAGGAAAGACCAUACAAAUCAUCGCAUUUCUCACUGGCAUUCACUACUCCCAGCUAAGAAACAAACACACCAUGAAACGAGGUUUAGGUCCAUCAAUCAUUGUAUGUCCCACAACUGUGAUGCAUCAGUGGGUUUGUGAGUUUCACAAAUGGGCCCCGCAUUUUCGAGUAGCUAUUCUCCAUGAAUCUGGAUCUUUUAUUGGGAAAAAAGCGAAUUUAAUUGCAGAUAUAAAUAAUUCGAGAGGCAUCAUUGUCACUUCAUACUCUGGCAUUGUCCAACACAAAGAUGAAAUUCUUGAUAGAAGAUGGCACUAUAUUAUCCUCGAUGAAGGGCAUAAGAUUCGAAACCCAGAUGCCAAGGUUACUUUGACUGUCAAACAAUUACGAACCCCGCACAGACUGAUUCUCUCAGGCUCUCCUAUGCAGAACAAUCUACAAGAAUUGUGGUCUUUGUUUGACUUCAUAUUCCCAGGAAAACUAGGCACCUUGCCCACUUUUUUAGCAGAAUUCGCUACGCCUAUUGUUCAAGGUGGUUACGCCAAUGCGUCUCAAGUCCAGGUUCAAACGGCUUUUAAGUGCGCCACUGUCCUAAAAGACACCAUCACCCCUUUCCUCCUUCGUAGGAUGAAGUGUGAUGUUCAGUCUCACAUUGAGUUACCUGAAAAGAAUGAGCAAGUCUUAUUCUGUCGCCUAACUGACAUCCAACGUGAUCUUUAUCAGAAUUAUGUAAAUUCGCAAGAAGUCGGCCGAAUCCUUCAAGGCAACAUGAAAAUUUUUGUUGGCCUCAUAAAUCUACGAAAAAUCUGCAAUCAUCCAGAUCUUUAUUCUGGAGGCCCAAAGUUACUUGUAGGGGAAUCAGAGGACAACAUACCGGAAGAAGAAAGUUAUGGACACUGGAGUAAAUCAGGGAAGAUGAUUGUUGUUGAUACCCUACUCAAAAUUUGGCAUAAGCAAGGGCAUCGUGUUUUACUUUUCACACAAAGUAGACAGAUGUUGUGUAUCAUGGAGUCAUUUCUUAUUCGAAAUGAUUAUACAUUUUUGAAAUUAGAUGGAGGAACAUCUAUCUCUGCCCGCCAACCAUUAAUUAACAAAUUUAAUCAGGAUAAAUCGUACUUUGCAAUGCUUCUAACCACCCGAGUUGGCGGCCUUGGAGUGAAUUUGACUGGAGCAAACAGGGUAUUAAUUUAUGAUCCAGAUUGGAAUCCCGCAACUGACACUCAGGCUCGGGAGCGGGCAUGGCGGAUUGGUCAGUCUCAGAAAGUCACUGUUUAUCGAUUAAUAACAGCGGGAACUGUCGAAGAAAAGAUGUACCAUCGUCAAAUUUUUAAGCAGUUUCUGUGCAACAAAGUUUUGAAAGACCCCCGACAAAGGCGAUUUUUCAAGUCCAAUGACCUUUAUGAACUUUUCACAUUGAAAGAAACGACUGGAGAACGUGAAAAGACUGAAACGUCCGCCAUUUUUGCAGGCACAGGUAGUGAGGUGAAAUAUAGUCAAGUCAAAUCAAACUACCGGAAAGCUAAAGAAAAACUAGCAAAAGAGAGUAUGAAACCUGUCGAUCCUGUGAUAACAUUCUCAGAAUCUAAGAUAGAGCAGAUGAAACGAUUAGCUCAAGAACUGAGCAAGAAACUUGGUCAAACUAGCGCCAAAAGUGACAGCAACCCUGAAGGCGAUGGAUCCAGCAGCACAACUGUUGCCGAGAAACCCAGUUCGAGUGGUCAAGAUUCCAAAGUCGGCAAAGAUAGUUACUGUGAUAAAAUUGAAGGAAGUGACAAUGAUGUGAUCGCAGGAAAAAGUGAUGAAUCUUCCUCUAGUCAUAAAGUUUGUAGCCCAAAAAAAUCAGGUGACCCUAACCCCAGUGAAGCAUCUAGCAGUAGAGAGCACAGAAAAAAACACAAACACAAGCAUAAGCACAAACGUCGGGACAUCAAAUUCGAAGGAGAAGAAGUGCCAUACCUGGUAGGGCUAGGGGAUUACAAAGCUGGAACGGAGGAAGAGGAGAAAGAAAAAUCAAGAAAAGAUGAUGACUACGUUCUAACAAAAUUGUUCUCAAAAACAGGGUUGCAAACUGCCAUGCAGCAUGACACAAUAAUGGGAGGUGGACCAGCUGAUUAUGCUCUUGUGGAAGGUGAAGCGGAGAGAGUUGCCAAACAAGCCGUUGAAGCUCUCCAGAAAUCCCGAUCCCAGUGCUGGGGAGCAGAUUCAGGAGUACCAACAUGGACCGGGCAAAGUGGCCUCAUUAAAUCUUCUAUUGUUUCCAGCAUAAAAAAGAUUGGAACAACCAGUGGGGCAAUGAGCUCUGCAGACCUCCUCAACAAGAUCCGAGAAAGAAACGGUGAUGUCAAGGCGUCAAGUAAGGAGUUGGACCUUCUCAAUGAUAUCCGAUAUUUUAUUGCAUCAAACAGUGGAAUUACAACCACUGAUGAGCUCAUCAAAAAGUUCGAAAAACAACUACCUGUUGAUGUUACUCCGCUAUUCAAAUCAUUACUGACACAAAUCUGUACUUUCAACAGGGGCGCCAAUCAGAAAGGUUAUUGGCGCUUGAAACCUGAAUUUAAAUGAUUCCUCAAGGAUAUCUUCAUUUCAUUCUGUCUCAUGUUAACUGCCAUAAUAUUCAUUAGUCAUCAAAUUGCAGUCAAAAAUAGCAUCAAAAUCCAAUAAUUUUUUUUAUUUUGAGAAAUAUCUUUUCAAGAAAAAUUGUAAAAGACCAUUUUCAGGAGCUGUGACCUCAUUAAUUUCUUUAAUAACGUCCCUCUCAAAAUUCUAGAAGGAAUUGGUGUUAAAUGUUUAAUUUUACCUUUCGUAAUCAGAAGAUUCUAAGCAUCUCAGGUUUUAUUGUUAGUAGCCAUAUUCCAUUUGUCGUUAUUAUCAUCAAGUACAAUGAAUAAUAGGGAGAGCAGUUGAUUGAAUCAUUCUAUUACAAAAUUUAUAUGUCUAAUGUAAAUUACUUGUCUGUGUAGCUAUUCAUUUUAUGAGACCUCUUCCUACAGAAAACGCACUUAUUUAACUGAUCCACUUAUUUUUCCGAAUAAAUGAAAUUUUAGGCAUCAAUUCUAAGUACUAAAUGACACAUUGAAUGGCCUACUUAUUGACCUUUUGAUAGAUCUGUAUUAACAGUUUUGAUUGAAUCAAAGAAUUUGCUGCAUAACUUUAUUUAUCAGCGUCUAAAUGUAUACUCCACUUGAUUCUGUGAUUAAUCGAGUGCAUUUUUUGAUUUGUAUCGUUUUACUUAAUGUAAAGCCUUUUGUUCAUUUAUUUAGCAUUAAUAAUAUUUCAGCCAAUCAACCAUUAUCCCCUUUUUAUCUUCGUAAUCCCUGAAAAUUUGGGUGUCUCUUGGAAAUUUUACUUCGAAAA